AUGGGGCGAUACUCGGGAAGAAGCUUCCGAUUAAUCCUCAUGUGCAUCGUGAGCAUCCUCCUCUUCGUGGUGGAGCUAGUGAUCGCCCACAUAGGCAACUCCCUCUCUUUGGCCUCCGAUGCCUUCGCUGUCCUCUCCCACUUGGUGUCCAUGAUCAUAGCUCUGCUUGGCGUGAGGGCCAGCAGCAUAAAACAGCACAGGAAGAGCACUUUCGGGUUUCUCCGGGCAGAUGUGGUGGGAGCAUUGGGAAACUCCAUUUUUGCCGUGGCUCUGAUGUUCAGCAUCCUGGUUGAAGCUGUCAAAAGGUAUAUUGAUCCCCAGAAGACGGAGGAGCCCGUGCUGGUUCUCAGUGCUGGAAUUAUCGGGCUGUUCUUCAAUGUCCUGAACUAUGUCAUCUUGGACUGUUGCUUCUGCUCGACACACAGGCCCCUGGGGGACGCCAGAACAGGAACCUUGGGAAUUCUUUUGGGUGUUGUUAAACUUAUUUUCUUGAAUUGCCUUUUAUGGGCUCAUGAUGGAUGGUAUAGGGAUGCAAAGAGGAGAAAGAAGAUUAUGGGAAAAUGUGCCCAUAUAGAUACAGCUCUUUUUCUUCCCGCUGUAAAUACACCGUUUUGGUGGGAAUGCCUUCAGGGACCAUGUCCCUCCCGUAGUGGGACCUUGUUUCCAGGAGCCUUCGCUAAUUGUCUGCUCUUCCUUCUUGUAGUGAGUAAACUCUCGGCCGUGCCCGGGAUUAGCAGUGUACAUGAAGUGCACAUCUGGGAACUUAUAAGCGGAAAGAUCAUUGCCACCCUGCACAUCAAGUAUCAGAAGGACAGGGGCUAUCAGGACGCCAGUAGGAAAAUUCGAGAAAUCUUCCACAGUGUGGGAAUCCACAAUGUGACCAUCCAGUUUGAGCAGGUGGACUUGAAGGACCCCAUGGAGCCGAAGGACUCGCUGUUGCUCUGCAGCUCACCCUGCAUCUCCAAGGGCUGUGAGAACCAGCUGUGCUGCCCGCUGGGGGCCCUGCCUCUGGCCCACGUCAACGGCUGUGCAGAGCACAAUGGCUGUCCCCACCUAGACACCUACCCAAGUGAUAGCUUCACUGGGCACGAAACAACACAAGUGGCUAUUGAAGUAUCUUUGGACAGCUGCCCGAGUGACCACGGACAAGCUCUUAGGAAAACUCAGGAGGACCAACAUUAUGUCAACAGCACACAUUUUUAAUCUGGUCCCCACCUGAACAGACCGUGUAGACGAGGCACUCUGGCUUGUGGAAGGACCUCCGUGGGCUGUAGACACUGAUCAAACUGGCGGUGUGCUCGCUCCGUAUUCAACAAGGGGCUGGUUGUCUGGGAUGUUAAUUGCAUGUGUCUGUUAAUUUCUGUGUGACCGAGAAGCCCUUUACAUUGUCCUGGGUAUCUCAUGCUGCUUUUCCACAAACUCACCAUUUCCGUUUGCACGUUUAUUUUGAGAAGCAAACUGCACUCGCAUAAGUGUCAGGGACGCUGAAGGCUGGGACUCCAUGGCUGUGGACACGGGAUUCAAAAUAGUUCCGGUUUUAAAGUGAUUGGAACUUGUAACUGACUCUCAGGUGAGCUCAUAGCCAAGCACAUCGAAAAAGCUUAAGAAUCAUGAUAGCUCUUUUUUUUUUUUUUUUUCAUUCCACUAGAUGAUCACAAAAAAGGAACAUUGGAUAGUCCUGUCACUGCGGAAAUUUUUUUCUUUGACUCAUUUUCGAAUAAAUGUAAAAUGAACGCCUAUUAGAGUAGAAAAUAGUCUCAGAACAUGAGAGGACGCGGAGUUCAUUAGGGGAAGACAGGAAGAAAAGGCUUUCUGACUACCUCUUCAUUUUGUGAGGUAGAGAGAAAACUAAUGUUUACUUUCCGCUGUGAAAUGAACUACAGCUAUAGGGUGCUUCAGAUGUUUAAUGCAUAAAAUACUUUUUUUUUUCACUUGGAAGUAUGGGGAUAUUUCCCACUUCCUAAGGUAUGACACAAUACUUAGAUGUUGUUUUGCAGAAUCGGUCCAGUUGGGGACUGUUCUCAUUUAUUGCUUAAUGACUUAUUUGUCCAAAUUUCCUUUGGGUCUUUUUUUAUAUGAUCACACUGAUAUGUGUAACCUUUACCAGGAGAACAUGAGUAUUCCUGAGAUAGAAGAAUAUAUGACACUGAGUAUUCAUUCCUGCCAAAAAAAUAAGCUAGAUUGACUUUUCUUUCACUAGACAUAUUUAAAAAUAUUUAUUGUAGUUGCCAACUAGUAACUUGAUGGUAAAGUGUAUGUGUAGGGAAAAAUGAGAAUUAAUUUAAUUGCUGCCUUUUAAUGUGUUUUGAGGUACUUAUGAUUUUCUUUAUUUCCUUUUCUGGCUCUGACCCAUAUUACCAAUUUCAAAUAAAUUUAUUAGACUGAUUUGGAUCCAUAAUCGACUUACAUUAGUAUUGAAGGAGCCUCUGUCCUAUAUUGAACACAUUGUUUAGGCAGCAGUAUUUUAAUCAGAACAGUCUCAAAAUAGGUCUGAGAAAGUGGAGAUGCCCUCAUAGAGAACUAGAGUCUUCCCUGAUGGGUUGUAAAAUUGACUGGCAGUGGUCAUCUCUUAGGCUCCAGGCACAGAGUUCUGUUUAGAAUCUGCAUGGGAGUCAACAGAAAUGCUGGGUUGGUAAUGGAAAAAGCGCCCGCAUUUUUCAGCACUAAUACCAGCUAAAAAAAAAAAAUGUCUUAGUGUUCAUUCUAAGGCUGAAAUAAGUAAGCGGCUGUGAUCAGUAGGAUAGGAAUUUUUUUCAUUCAUUCCUUCAAAAUUUAUGAUCUGAGUUUAAAUUGGCCAUGAAUUAGGUAAAUGCAUUUUUAUCCCUAGGAGUUUAUUGGACUAGUCUGUAUAGCCAAAAGAGGGGUAAAAAUAAGACAACACUUUUAUUUUUAAUACUAAAAGUACAGCAUGUACUCACAAAAAACCGGGGGGUUCUCUUUGAAGCUCACCACUGUGAUGAGUGGAUGAAAUUCUAGACAAAUGUUGGUUGAGAUGUCUUGACUGGAACCAAAGAAGAAAUCUGUCCCUCACUUCCAGAUUUGAAGGUCUAAUUUGAUUUCACAUCAUUCUGCUUUUAUUAAAAAAUUAUAAUUUUAUAGUUUCUGUGCAGUUGGCUAAGGAAAUGAGCACUAGUUUACACCCAGAUAAUGUUCUCUAAGGAAAAGUCACUUAAUUCCGUUAUAUCUAAAUUUACCUCAGAAAAGUAGCUUGAUGGACACUUACUCACAUAGACUUCAUGUGAAAUAAUCCCUUUUAAGACAGUUUGAAUGCGUUUAAUGUGUUCAAACAAGCUAAUUAAGUGCAAUAUUUUUGUGUGGGGCUAGGUGGUUUCCUUAGUCAUCUCCGGCACUGUUAUGCCUGCAGUCUGGGAUUUUUACUUGGGUUUUACUCUCCCUUUAGUUGUUCUGCAUUUUAAUUCUGCCAAGGAAAGGUGGGACUUUUCUUUUCCUCUUUGAGCCAACCUUGCCUGGUGGUAGUAAGUCUGAUGAACAGUGGUUUUACCAAUACUGUUUUCCUCUGAGAUUAGAAAAAUGCUAUCGUUUACUUUAGCGUUCCUGUGUGCUUAGAUCAGUUACAGAAAUCUUCCUCUUUUUUUAAGGAAAUGAAAAUAAUUUUUUAAAAGUUUUGAGCAUCCUGUGUGUGUCAGGUCCGGACCAGCCAUCCUGCACACUAACCUGGAGGACACACGGGACGGCGCUUGCUUCUGUCCUCUGUCCUUCUAUCUCCAUAGAAAGAGUCCUUUCCCCAUUAUUUCAGCACCGGCUCUGGGAUGUCCUGUGUCUGCUUUCAUCUUCCAGAUGUCAACAUUGGUUUUUGAAAAUAGAGAUGAAUUGUUUUCAUGACAUUUGGCCAUUAUGAAUAUCCAUUAGGACUACCAGGCUCCAUUGUGGACAGAAAAAAAAAAGUGUCUGAUCCCUCUAAUUAUUGAUAAAGCAUAAAUAAAACAGGGAGACAUUGUUUGAGGAAGAAUUAAAAAUAUUCUCUAUAUUGGUUAGUUUCUUUUCCUUUUUGCCACCAGCGGGCCAAACUCUAGUGGGGGGUAAAUCGGGAAUGCCAAAAUUCAGUAGGAAAGAGUGCUUUCAAGAUCAGAGAAAUCACUGAGGUGGAUUUGGGAUUUUAAUAAGGCAGCUGCCCUGUAAGCAGUAAGAAUUUUUGUUAUGCUUUCUCAGCAUUAGUGACAUUUUCAGUUCCUUGCUGUGGGGGGCUGUCCUGUGCAUGGUAGGAUGUUGUGCAUCAUCCCUGGCCUCUGCCCACUUAGAUGCACACCCAUGAAUCGUGACAACAAAAAAUGUCCCCAGACAUCUGCACAAUCCUCUGCAGGCAAAUUGGUCUUUAGUCCUGAGCCACUGAGUUAAUCUAAGGGUAGUUGAGAAUUACUGUUGAUAAAAGUCCCUCCAGAGCUCUGUAAUCAUUUUAAUAGAAUCAGUUCUGCAGAAUUCACUCUUUAAAAAAAAUAUUUUUCAAGGAGAGAUCAAACUGUUCAUCAAAAUGACAGUCAACUCUACAUAGGAUCUUUAGACAUUUGAAGAAAAGAUGUAAUUUGGGGGGGAAGAAAGGCCUUACAAAUCUGAUUAUGCAGAUCAGUCAAUACAACAGUGAAUGAAAUGAAGAAAAAAAGCAUUUGUUCUCGCUGUUCUGUCAUGACCCCUUCAACUCAUGAAUGUCCUCAGUUUGAUGAACUCCCCACAAAAUGAGACCAGAAAAUACCAGUAUGAUUGGAUUCUUGGGGCUAAGGUGUUUAAUUCAUCACCAGUUUUAAACUUGAUGAUGUUUCUUCUAUUGGUUCCAGACAAGCAGCUUAUCUUGGUGCUAAGGACGAGUUCAGAUGCUAAAAAAAAUUCUGUAUUGUCUGUGGUUAGCUUAAUCCUUUGCCACCUCAUAUCACAUUUUUUUCCUGGAGGGCAAGGUACAUUUCCUGCUUUUAAAUAUAUCUUCACACUCUUGCAAUUAAAGACUGCAAAAAAGGACUGUGUUAGAAAAUAAACUGAGGAAACGCAACCUGAUUUGGGUUUUGAAUUUAGACUGAAUAACGAGCAUGCCUGUUCUCUAGCUUUGCCGUUCGCCUGCUAAGUUGUUAACCUAUUUGUACUUCUGCGUGUAUUUGCACCUGAGUCGCCGCAGGUAGGAAUGAAGGUAUUGAAUCAGGAAAGUAGCUGCUCAAAUGGAAAUUGCAUCAGACCCUACUUCUCACUGUAUGUAAUCCAAAUGUUCUUAUGAAUUUGGAGAUUAGCUAAUAUGGACGUGUCACCUUCGGGAGCUUCUCUUUUCAGGUGUUUUAUUCUGCACCUUUUUGUUUACAUGGAACUUUCUUGAAUAUGGCUGGAUGGAUCAACUGUCUCCUCGUGGUACAAAGCCAGGCCAGCGAUGAUGAACCCGCCCGCUGUGAAUUCUAGUGGGAAUCAUCCAGGAAGGACGAUGAUUUUUGGAGGGAGAGGGACCCCUUCCAGGAGGCCUGAAGUUAAUGUUACAGUAUUACAGAGUUCUGUUGCUUCAAGUCUUCCUUCUGUCCUCACAGGCGAUUUUGCCAAAGUGUAAUUGUCACAUUUGUGGGAACUAUUAAAACUUUAAGAUACAAAGUUUAAAUAACUACUAAUUGCAUGGGAAAUCCCCCAGUGAUAUAUACACAUGCGUACCUGUAACAGUGAAAGAUGUUCAGUGGUGCAGUAAAAUAAAUUUAAAAAACCACACACACACAAUGCAUGACUGAGAUGUUUGUGGAAAUCAGACGGAUAACUCGAAGUGGUGGAACUCAUUUUGUCUUUGCCGCUUAACACUA